AUGUAAUCAGUGAGCUAAAUUUCUAAAUCUGAUCCAACUCGUUAUGGUGAUUCAUUUAAACCUACUGCUAAGAAAAUGACUCAUCGUUUGCUUUCUCAUUGUGAUAGUGAAAUGACUCUUAAGAAAAUAGACUUUACUUUAGCUGGGAGUGGUAAACAUAUCCCAGAUUAUAAUAUUAAAUCAACUUAAGUAGAAACAAAAUAAAUAGAACCAUUCAAAAUCAAGGAUUUUAUACCAUUGAUAAAUCCAACUAUUAAAGGUGAAUUGAGUCGUCUAAAUAAGAAUAGCUUUUUAGAUUUUCUUUUAAUUUAAAAAGCUGGAAAAGUAAAUAUGAUUAAUUCAUUAUUGUUAGUCAGGAGAUCAGAAGUUUUUUGAUUAAUUGAUUUAACAAUACAACUUUGAUCCAUUCAAAAAAACUUUAAAGAUGCAAGACAAUAAAUAAUAAUAAAUUCAAUAUCUUCAAAAACGAGAUGAAAGAGAAGAGUAAAUUGCAUUACAAGUUAAGCAAUUUUAUAAACAUAUGUAACACAAAAGAAGUGGCACAAUGAAUGAUUAGCCAUUAGACCGUAUGAUCAUAGAAAAAAAUAAUUAUUUGAUCCAAAAACUACCACGCUUUAGAGCUAAAUUAGAGGCUUU